AUGGCCUCAACGCUCUUACGUCGCCACCUGGCGCGGUCACCGCGAAUAUCUGCAUCUUCGCCGCCAUAUAUCUCGGUGUUGAAUGCUCGUCGUGGCCUAUCUGCUUCCAAUGUCCUGCAAGCUGAGCCUGCGACUGACCCCAGUGCCGCUGCCCAGACACGAGGAGCAAAAAGCAUAUUUGACACUCAUACAGUUGAGGAUUUGCAGGGUAUACACGCCUCGGAGAUCUUAGCAGAGACAGGGACGCGAAGAGAUGCACAAAUGAGACACUUCACUGUUAACUUCGGUCCUCAACAUCCUGCUGCUCACGGCGUACUUCGACUGAUUCUGGAGCUGAACGGCGAAGAAGUAUUGCGGGCAGAUCCUCAUGUCGGUCUCCUCCAUCGAGGUACUGAGAAGCUCAUCGAGUACAAGACAUACACUCAGGCGCUCCCAUAUUUUGAUCGGCUUGAUUAUGUUUCAAUGAUGACGAAUGAGCUCUGCUACUCUCUCGCUGUAGAAAAACUGCUUAACAUCGAGGUACCUGAGCGUGCUAAAUGGAUUCGAACUUUGUUCGGAGAGAUCACUCGUAUCUUGAACCAUCUAAUGGCCGUCCUCACGCACGCCAUGGAUGUGGGUGCUUUAACGCCCUUCUUGUGGGGUUUCGAAGAGCGGGAAAAGCUUAUGGAGUUCUAUGAGAGAGUUUCUGGUGCGCGGUUGCACGCAGCAUAUGUACGCCCGGGUGGUGUUGCGUUCGACCUUCCGCAUGGUCUUCUGGAAGAUAUUUACCAGUGGGCAUCGCAAUUCAGCUCCCGUGUUGACGAGAUCGAGGAGGUUGUUACUGGAAACCGUAUUUGGAAGGAGCGUACUAUUGGCAUCGGCGUUGUCACGGCCAAACAGGCACUGGACUACAGCUUCAGCGGAGUCAUGUUGCGGGGCAGUGGUGUACCAUGGGAUAUCAGGAAAAUUGCUCCAUAUGACAAGUACGAUGAAGUCGAAUUUGAUGUUCCUGUUGGUAAGAAUGGCGACUGCUAUGAUCGCUACCUUUGCCGUGUCCAAGAAUUCCGAGAGUCUCUCCGGAUCGUUGACCAGUGCCUGAAUAAGAUGCCCACUGGGGCCGUCAAAGUCGAUGAUUACAAAUUGGUUCCUCCUCCACGAGCCUCCAUGAAAGAGAGUAUGGAGUCUCUGAUCCAUCACUUCAAAAUCUUCAGUGAAGGUUAUUCAGUUCCUCCAGGAGAGACAUACAGUGCCAUCGAGGCUCCCAAGGGAGAGAUGGGUGUGUAUCUGAUCUCCGAUGGGACAAAUCGACCCUACCGUUGCAAGAUUCGCGCUCCUGGGUUUGCACAUCUCGCUGGUGCUGAUAUGAUGAUGAGACAUGUAAGGAUUUCUUUAUCCCCCAUUACAGUUAUGCAAUACUUGACAUAUUUGUCCACUAACAGCAUUAUCUUGCCGACGUCGUUGCGAUCAUCGGAACUAUGGUCAGUCCCUAUGACUGAUCUUGUGUUUGGUGAGGUCGACCGAUGA